UGCUAUCGACUGGUCGGCGAAUCAUCCGGUGAACUUGAAGUGGAAGGAAAGUCGCUGACCGCCGACGACGGGAGUCUCCUGCGCUCUUGUGGAUCCACAAUUCGCAAAAACCGACCAGGAUAAUUCGCGGCCGUUCGUUCUGAAAAGGCUGCACUGGCUGAAAAAUGUCGGCAAAAGCGAUCCGCGAAGCGACAGGAAAAGACCUGCUAAACAGGUUCCUAUCGGCGACUUCGGGCGCUGGCCUCUGCAGGUUCGCCUCCGUCGACGAGAACACCAAAUGGGAGGCCCUUGUUGCUGCCAACCCUUGGCUCCAGACUGAGAAACUGGUUGUGAAGCCCGACCAGCUGAUCAAGAGACGAGGCAAACUAGGCCUGAUCGAAGUCAACUGCAACCUUGCGACCGCCAAGUCUUGGAUUGAGCAGAGGAUCGGCAAGGAUAUCAAGAUCGGAAGAGCCACAGGCAAGCUGAGAAGCUUUAUUAUUGAGCCCUUCUUGCCGCACAAACCAGCCGAGGAAGCGUAUGUGUGCAUUUAUUCCCACCGCACUGGAGACACCAUCCUUUUCCACCACGAAGGCGGUGUUGACAUUGGAGAUGUUGACUCAAAGGCUGUCAAACUGGAGGUGCCCGUUGGCCAAACCAUUACAGCAGCAAACAUCAAGAAAGCACUUUUGUCCCAAAUUGACGCCUCUCAGCAAGAUUUGGUAGCAAGUUUCAUCGAAAGUCUGUACCAGCAGUAUGUUGAUCUGUAUUUCACAUACCUGGAGAUCAAUCCUCUUGUCAUCACUGGAGGCAAAGUGUACGUCUUGGACUUGGCAGCCAAGUUGGAUGCAACGGCUGAUUUCAUUUGUCGCUCAAAAUGGGGCGAAAUUGACUACCCACCACCAUUUGGACGAGAUGCCUAUCCUGAGGAAGCAUAUAUUGCUGAUUUGGACGCUAAAAGUGGGGCCUCUUUAAAGUUGACUAUCCUCAACAAAAAUGGUCGUAUUUGGACAAUGGUUGCUGGAGGAGGCGCAUCAGUCAUUUACUCCGACACCAUUUGCGACCUUGGAGGUGCCUCUGAGUUAGCGAAUUAUGGCGAAUACUCUGGUGCCCCAUCUGAGCAGCAAACAUAUGAGUAUGCCAAGACCAUUCUGAGCCUCAUGACUCAGCAGAAGCACCCCGAAGGAAAAGUUCUCAUCAUCGGCGGCGGCAUAGCUAACUUCACCAAUGUGGCAGCCACUUUCAAAGGUAUUGUCACUGCCCUUCAGGAGUACCAGGCCAGGCUCGUAGAGCACAAUGUAUCCAUUUUUGUUCGACGAGCUGGACCCAAUUAUCAGGAAGGCCUAAGGAUCAUGAGAGAUGUUGGCCAGAAUUUGGGCAUUCCGUUGUUUGUGUUUGGACCCGAGACCCACAUGACUGCAAUCGUGGGCAUGGCUCUUGGAAAGAGGCCCAUUCCCAGGGAGACUGAGGUUGAGUUCAGCACAGCUAAUUUCCUGCUGCCAGGUGGACAGGACAAGUCUGAAUCAGGAAUGGGAUCAGGAACUCCUGAUCAGUCUCGCAAGGGUUCUGUCGUUGGCGGAGGAAACGCCGCCGCUGCAGCAGGUGGAGCGUCUGCUGCUGCCGCGGCAGCCGCUGCAGCUGCAGCCAGUGGCGCUGACACCGUUGAUGGAGGAAAAACCAUGUUCACCAAGAAGACCAAAGCCAUCGUCUGGGGCAUGCAGACCAGAGCCGUCCAGAGCAUGUUGGAUUUUGACUUUGUUUGCCGACGAACGGAGCCGUCUGUCGUUGCCAUGGUCUAUCCCUUUACAGGAGACCACAAGCAAAAGUUCUACUGGGGACACAAGGAAAUCCUCAUUAAUGUCUACAAGAAGAUGGAAGAUGCCAUGACCAAGCAUAGAGAUGCUGAUGUUCUGGUCAACUUUGCCUCUCUCCGAUCGGCCUAUGAAAGCACCAUUGAAACCAUGAAUUACUCUCAGAUCCGCACAAUUGCUAUCAUCGCUGAAGGCAUUCCGGAAAACAUGACCCGCAAAUUGAUUCUUCUGGCCAAGGAAAAGGGCGUUUCUAUCAUCGGCCCAGCCACUGUUGGUGGAAUUAAGCCUGGCUGCUUUAAGAUUGGCAACACGGGAGGCAUGAUGGACAACAUUCUGCACUCAAAACUCUACAGGCCGGGCAGUGUGGCAUACGUCUCAAGAUCUGGUGGAAUGUCCAACGAACUGAACAACAUUGUCUCAAAGGCCACAAACGGUGUUUAUGAAGGAGUAGCUAUUGGUGGAGAUAGAUACCCUGGCACUAACUUCAUGGACCACAUUCUUCGCUACCAGGCUGACCCUCAGGUCAAAAUGAUUGUUCUGCUGGGAGAAGUUGGUGGAACCGAAGAAUAUGACGUUUGCGAUGCUCUGAAGGACAAGAGGAUCACCAAGCCCCUUGUGGCCUGGUGCAUAGGAACCUGCGCCAGCAUGUUCACCUCGGAGGUACAGUUUGGUCAUGCUGGCUCGUGCGCAAACUCUGAGAGAGAAACCGCAUCAGCCAAGAAUGCAGCUCUGACCGCUGCUGGAGCAACAGUGCCCGCCAGCUUUGACAACUUGGGCGAUGCAAUCCACGAAGUCUAUUAUCGUCUUCUCCAGGAGGGUGUCAUUGUCCCUGAGCCAGAGCUGCCACCACCCACCGUCCCUAUGGAUUAUUCUUGGGCCAGUGAGCUUGGACUGAUUCGUAAACCAGCAUCGUUCAUGACCAGUAUUUGUGACGAGAGAGGUCAGGAGCUUCUCUACGCAGGCAUGCCUAUCAGUGAUGUGCUGAAAAACGACAUGGGUUUGGGUGGCGUCAUCUCCCUUCUCUGGUUCCAAAGACCACUUCCAGCUUAUGUGUGCAAAUUCUUUGAAAUGUGUUUGAUGGUCACUGCUGAUCACGGUCCUGCCGUUUCUGGAGCCCACAACACAAUUGUUUGCGCUCGCGCUGGCAAGGACCUUGUUUCCUCACUGGUUUCUGGACUCCUCACAAUUGGUGAUCGUUUUGGCGGAGCUUUGGACGGUGCUGCCAAGCAGUUUAGUGAGGGUUAUGACUCUGGCAUGAUUCCUAUGGAAUUCGUCAACACCAUGCGCAAGAAGGGCCAGCUGAUUAUGGGCAUUGGCCACAGAGUCAAAUCUAUCAACAACCCAGACAUGCGUGUGAAAAUCAUAAAAGAAUUUGUGCUUGAAAACUUCCCCUCCACCCCUCUACUGAACUACGCCCUUGAGGUGGAAAAAAUCACCACAUCAAAGAAGCCCAACUUGAUUCUGAAUGUCGAUGGUGUCAUUGCUGUCUCCUUUGUUGAUAUGCUGCGAAACACUGGUAGCUUCACAAGAGAGGAAGCGCAGGAGUACAUUGAGAUGGGGUCCAUCAACAGUCUCUUUGUUCUUGGCCGCAGCAUCGGUUUUAUUGGACACUACAUGGAUCAGAAGAGGUUGAGGCAAGGACUUUACCGUCAUCCGUGGGACGAUAUUUCUUACGUACUCCCGGAGCAGUACAAUUAAGCGGAGAGAGCAAAAUUAGUUUGGCACUUGUACCCACCCACAGCACAAAUUUAUUAUUAGCUGUAUUUAUCAUUUGAACCAACGUGGUGCCUAAGCAUCCCCAUUUUUAUGUUCGUGAUUCUCACACAUGUAAUGUUAAUUUGAGAUUUGGUGCAAGCUCUAGAAUUUAAAAUUUGCUGACGGAAACUUGAAAGUGAAAAUGUUAUUUUAUUGCAUGAUUAAAUGUUCAAUUUAAUUUGUUGGAGAUCAUCUUUUGUUAUUUAUAGAUCUGCAUUUUUAUUCUGUUUCAAAUUUAAUAAUUGAUGUCAUUUUUAUCUUUUGUAUCUUACAUUCCUUAACGAUGCAUGUUCACUUAACAGAGAACACUAGUGUAAAAUUAAUUUGUUACUUGUUGGUAAAAUAAAAUUAAAAAAUA